AUGAGUUGCAGCAGAACAGGAGCUCUCAUCACCACCACUCAUUUUGGUGGCGCAUCAAUUUUUGAUGAUACUAAACAAAGUUUUAAGUUUCGUACAAAAUCGCCAUGCUCAGCCACCAUCAGGAUCUUGUGCUCUUCGCCAAGCCCAGAAUUGCAGGUUACAACAGAGAAACUCGGAAAUAAUAGUACUUCGUUGACUGGUGGUGCAUAUGACUUUGAAAGAGCAACCAGAUCUCUCACCCAGAAAACAUUGUUUACACCCAAGAAAGUUACUCUAGUAAGGCAUGGUUUGAGCACUUGGAAUGCAGAAGGUAGAGUUCAGGGAAGCUCAAAUCUUUCCACCUUAACUGAAGUUGGAGUGGCUCAAGCAGAAAGAUGUAGAAGGGCUUUGGCUGAUACUCAUUUUGACCGAUGUUUCUCUAGUCCGAUUUCACGAGCCAAGGCCACAGCUGAGAUUAUUUGGCAAGAUAGGGAUCAGCCACUAGUUUUCCUUGAUUCACUGAAAGAGGCUCAUCUGUUUUUUCUUGAAGGAAUGCUGAAUGUGGAUGCUAUGCAGAAAUAUCCAAAGGAGUAUUCAACAUGGAGAGAAGAUCCAUCAAACUUUGUUGUGAACGGCGUCUAUCCACUCCGUACACUUUGGGAAACCGCUGAUGAGGCUUGGAGGGAAAUCUUGUCUAACCCUGGAGAAAAUUUUUUGGUUGUAACGCACAAAUCAAUGCUGAGAGCACUGAUCUGCAUUGCCCUUGGACUAGGACCGGAAAGGUUCCGUGCAAUCGAUGUGAACAAUGGUGGAUUAUCUGUGUUUAACUUCAACAAGAAAGGGGAAGCAAUGCUUCAAUCAUUAAAUAUGACGGCUCAUAUGUACACCGAUCACAUUUACCGGUAUCAGAACAAGUGA